CAGCUCGACUCAGAGCAGCGCAGCUCCGCAGCCACCAAAGCGAGGCGGGCUCGGUCUUCCCACCACCAGUGCCACCCGGGCUCCUCCAGGUUUCGCCUCUGCCGCCCGCAUCACUUGGGGCAGGAGUGUCCUGACGAGGGUCUACAACAUCAGCACAAACUUGGGGGGCCCUCGAGGAUGAGGCUGUCUCCUGCGCCCCUGAGGCUUAGCCGGGGUCCCGCGCUGCUGGCCCUGGCGCUGCCCCUGGCUGUGGCGCUGGCUUUUUCAGAUGAGACCCUGGACAAAGUGUCCAAGUCGGAGGGCUACUGCAGCCGCAUCUUGCGCGCCCAGGGCACACGGCGCGAGGGAUACACAGAGUUCAGCCUCCGCGUGGAAGGCGACCCUGACUUCUAUAAGCCAGGAAGCAGCUACCGCGUGACACUCUCAGCUGCUCCUCCUUCCUACUUUAGAGGCUUCACACUAAUUGCCCUCAAAGAGAACCGAGAGGGCGAUAAGGAAGAAGACCAUGCCGGCACUUUCCAGAUCAUAGAUGAAGAAGAGACCCAGUUUAUGAGUAACUGCCCCGUGGCAGUCACUGAAAGCACCCCUCGGAGGAGGACACGGAUCCAGGUGUUUUGGAUAGCGCCACCCACAGGGACAGGCUGUGUGAUUCUGAAGGCCAGCAUCGUGCAGAAACGCAUUAUUUACUUUCAAGACGAGGGCUCUCUGACCAAGAAGCUAUGUGAACAAGAUCCCACACUUGACGGAGUGACGGACAGACCAAUCUUAGACUGCUGUGCCUGUGGAACUGCCAAGUACAGGCUCACAUUUUAUGGGAACUGGUCUGAGAAGACUCAUCCAAAGGAUUACCCUCGUCGGGCCAAUCACUGGUCUGCCAUCAUUGGCGGGUCCCACUCCAAGAACUACGUGCUGUGGGAGUAUGGAGGGUAUGCCAGCGAAGGUGUCAAACAGGUUGCUGAACUGGGCUCACCAGUGAAAAUGGAGGAAGAGAUUCGACAACAGAGUGAUGAAGUCCUCACUGUCAUCAAGGCCAAAGCCCAGUGGCCAGCCUGGCAGCCUGUCAAUGUGAGAGCAGCACCCUCAGCUGAAUUCUCAGUGGACAGGACACGCCACUUAAUGUCCUUCUUGACCAUGAUGGGCCCCAGUCCUGACUGGAAUGUGGGCCUAUCUGCAGAGGAUCUGUGCACCAAGGAGUGUGGCUGGGUCCAGAAAGUGGUGCAGGAUCUGAUCCCCUGGGAUGCUGGCACUGACAGCGGGGUGACCUAUGAGUCACCAAACAAGCCCACAAUUCCUCAGGAAAAAAUCCGACCCCUGACCAGUCUGGACCAUCCUCAGAGUCCUUUCUAUGACCCAGAAGGUGGGUCCAUCACACAAGUGGCCAGAGUUGUCAUCGAGAGAAUCGCCCGGAAGGGAGAGCAAUGCAACAUUGUACCUGACAAUGUGGAUGACAUUGUAGCUGACCUGGCUCCAGAAGAGAAAGAUGAAGACGACACUCCUGAAACCUGCAUCUACUCCAACUGGUCUCCGUGGUCGGCCUGCAGCUCCUCCACCUGUGAAAAGGGCAAGCGGAUGCGGCAGCGCAUGCUGAAGGCACAGCUGGACCUCAGUGUCCCCUGCCCUGACACCCAGGACUUCCAGCCCUGCAUGGGCCCUGGCUGCAGCGAUGAAGAUGGCUCCACCUGUACCAUGUCGGAGUGGAUCACCUGGUCGCCUUGUAGCGUCUCGUGUGGCAUGGGCAUGAGGUCCCGGGAGAGGUACGUGAAGCAGUUCCCAGAGGACGGCUCGGUAUGCACACUGCCCACGGAGGAGACGGAGAAGUGCACAGUCAACGAGGAGUGUUCUCCCAGCAGCUGCCUGGUGACGGAAUGGGGUGAGUGGGAUGACUGCAGCGCCACCUGUGGGAUGGGCAUGAAGAAGCGGCACCGUAUGGUCAAGAUGAGCCCCGCGGAUGGCUCCAUGUGCAAGGCUGAGACAUCGCAGGCGGAGAAAUGCAUGAUGCCUGAGUGCCAUACCAUCCCGUGCUUGCUGUCUCCCUGGUCUGAGUGGAGCGACUGUAGCGUAACCUGUGGGAAGGGCAUGCGGACCCGCCAGCGGAUGCUCAAGUCUCUGGCAGAGCUGGGUGACUGUAACGAGGAACUGGAGCAGGUGGAGAAGUGCAUGCUGCCAGAAUGCCCCAUUGACUGUGAACUCAGUGAGUGGUCCCAGUGGUCUGAAUGUAACAAGUCAUGCGGGAAAGGCCAUAUGAUUCGAACCCGGACAAUCCAAAUGGAACCUCAGUUUGGAGGUGUACCCUGCCCGGAGACUGUGCAACGCAAGAAGUGCCGUGCCCGGAAAUGCCUUCGCAACCCGUCAGUCCAGAAGCUGCGCUGGAGGGAGGCCCGAGAGAGCAGGCGCAGUGAGCAGCUGAGGGAGGAGUCGGAGGGAGAACAGUUCCCAGGCUGUCGGAUGCGCCCGUGGACAGCCUGGUCAGAAUGCACCAAACUGUGCGGAGGCGGGAUUCAGGAGCGCUACAUGACUGUGAAGAAGAGGUUCAAAAGCUCCCAGUUUACCAGCUGCAAAGACAAGAAGGAGAUCAGAGCGUGUAACGUGCACCCUUGUUAGCAGGGGUACAACUCCCCGGGGCUGCAUUCCAGAGUUCAGUCACCAAUAAUGUUGGGUGGUUUGUUUGCUUGUUUACGAUGAUUUAAAUUGUGUCCACUAGUUUUCAUUUUUAUGGUGUGAUUUGCCCAGUAGUCUUAAUGGACGUCAAGGGACAUCCUGUCUGAAUACGGCUUGGUGGGUGUAGGCCAGGUGGGGCACCCUUGUCCUCAGGCAGCCCUCUUCCUAUGCUGCAGUGAGUAGUAUUGGUUCACCUUGUACUAAACUUAAGUGUGUCCCUCUGGAGCAUCCCCCUGGUCAAGCAGGACAGAGACCCUGGCUACAUCCACAAGGAGAAGCAAUCAUGUGCUCGGGUGCCAGGAUGCAGCAUGCAAGGAGACACACAUCAGAUGCAAAGGAUGGGUUCCCCUUUCUCACCUUUGGCCUGCUCACUCUUGCAGAAAGCUCUUUACCUUUUCAUUUAGCACAACUCCAGGUAUCUUGGUAAGUCUCCUUGGUCAUGAGCUCUCCAGGCCCUUGAGGAGAAGCACUAAGGUGGGGUGGCUUUUAUUCUCCAAACCUGAUACUGGUUUGUGACGCCACAAGAGCGGCAAGUGACAAUGGCUGCUUUAUUUAACUGUAAGAGUGAUAAAGGAAAUUAAGCAUAAACUGCAUUUCCCUUGGGUUUUGACUGUUGGUGCCGUAACUGUCCUAGGGAGGCAGGGCACGACCCUUUGUCAAGAGAUUCUUCUUUGAACCAACAAAGACAGUAAAAUGGGUACUAGUCCCAAAUGCGACUUAAAAUCUUCGUACAGAUCCAGACCUUUUAGGUUUCCCAAACUUUCUUAAAGUUAAGCAUUUUAGCUCUGAGAACUACCUGCUACGUCAGCCAGAAAGCCCCCAUGUCAAUUCCUCAACAAAAAUAUUAUCUUCCCUACUUUAAAGUUGUGAUAGUUUAUAGUUAGAGAGGAGAGAGACAACCUAUUCCCAUGACUAGGACACAAACCUAGAAGGGUUAUUCAAUCAUGCCUGUGCCUGACUUCUAGACCGGGGCCCUGGUCCCCGUGGACAGUCCAAAGGAAGGCCAGGGGUUUCUACCGACUUCCAAGCCAUCAGCAGCACACUGAAUCCAUGGAGUCUAACGACCAACAAUCAGAGUAAAAGGACGCUUGUCUCUGAUGUGAGCUCGUCAGCAGGUUUUGCUCGUGCAUCUGUUCAAACUAUCAUCACGUUCUUUUGCAAGUCUGUGUUUAUUACCGCUUCAUCCAAAUACACUGUGGGCAAGAUGCGCACGGUGCUUUGAUUAUACUACUUUAAGAAUCUGCAUUAAACACAUCAGGAUUAUUUCCGGCCACAUCUAUGUACAACCCCUGAAUAUGUAUUUUCCUUAACACAAGAAAGCCUGUUCAAUAAAAAAAACAGAACAAACAUUUCUGGGUCUGUCUUUGCUUUUAGGCCACUAAGAGGUAGGAGGGUUGAGUCUUUUUACAGUUGUUACCCAGUUCAUUUUCAGGAAAAGAUGGGGCAUCUGUCCCCUCCAGACGGGCCACUGACAUCACACCCCACAGCCAUCUGAAGCUUGGAUUAUUUCCAACAUUAUUUUUAGAUAUUUUAAUGAAUUGCUUUCUCCUUCAAAGAAGUAGAAUACAAAGAAAUGAGAGGCUUAAAUUUCCACUUGAGACCCCCAAAUUGCCCCUCCAAAAUAAAGUCCUGAUUU